AUGGUGUUCCAAAUAUCGAUCGGGGAUGUUUUGGCGUUAUCCAAACUCGCCUGGAGUAUCUCACAGGCAUUCACAUCGGGUAGGAAGUCAGCGCCGGCGGAGUUUCAGGAAGUGCAGAAUCAACUCAGCUCACUCUGCCAUGCACUGGACUCUUUGAAGUCACUGUCUCUGAGGCACUCCACCUCGGCGGAUGCGGGCUCAGGUAGCAACAGUAUUACACCCAUCCUGCAGAACUGCCACUUCACGCUUGAACAUCUCGAAAUGCUCGUAAGCAAGUACAUGGUCAUCGGGGAUCAAGAGGGUACAAGUGAAUCACAGAGGAAGAGAUGGCGCGAGGAGAUCCGGAAGAACUGGAAAAAGGUGCGCUGGACGAGGGAGGGAGGCGAUCUGGCGAGACUACAGCAUAAUCUGGGAGUCCAUAUUAACAGCUUAAAUCUUGCGAUUGCAGUAUUGAAUAGUGAAAUAAAUCAGAACAUAGGCCAUCAAGUAGAAGACGUUCAUGGAAUGCUUAGGGAAAUCUAUACCUGGUUCACGAGAAAUUUGAAAGGCCGGGUGACGAGCUUCCAUAAACCUUCUUCAGAACCCCAGGACGGUUCACCAGAGUUGACUUUUUCGUUGCACCGGGGGAACCCCGAGUCCUACGACGCUGCACCUAUAUGCGACAAUGCUUCCUUCAAUGCCGAAUGGCUCGAGCAUUUAAAUAAGCCGGUCUUCCAGUGUAACUGUCGACAUCAACGAACAGUGUACGGAGACGCCCAUGAUGAAGAGUUGGCAGAGUACUUCGUAUCUCCUGUGAGCCUUAUUGUCCGCUUAAAUGGGCUCUCCCAAUCAUGGAAGAUAUGGCUUUCUUCCGGCAGAACAUCCAGACUCACCUCCUUAAUAAUGUCGAAUAUACCCUCACCGAAAGAACUAGUUGCAUUCGAGAACGUGAUAUCCGACCUUGCAAUCACCGCUGCUAGACCGGCUAUUCAUCAGGGAAUGAGCUCAAUAAUGGUGUUUCCGUCCAUCAACCCAUACAUGGAACUACCAGUGAUCUCAGUUCUGAAUAUGCUUUGCGAUACUCGCCGGUUAUAUAAUAGCAUAACAAACGUGAAAUUAACAGCCAAUGGACAUAGAUACUCGACUGGCCCUAUUGAGACAGUACAGCUGGUCCACUAUCGGAAUCUGACUAGUGAAGGGGCGUGGCUGUUUAGUGAAACUGCAGAUGUUAUAUUGAAUACCCAUUCAGAAGCGCAGAACUUUGACAUAACAGAUGAUGGGAUAUCGGAAUUCACCCUUACGGUGGACAAUCAGACAGAUGUCGCUGGCGGUGAAAAUGCAUCACACGUCCUUAUUUCCGGCACGGACUGCCUCUCCAGAACCAAAGCCGGCCGGGAGAAUACGGUAAAAGGGGUCUACGUGGAGAUUGAGCUGCGAGAUGAGGACUCCGCAACUUAUCUCAUUUGGCAGCUGCGGCAUCUGCAGGCGGGGUUACUCCUAUUCAAAAUCCAACAGAUCCAGCGAAAUGAGAAGCUCGUAUUCGAGUUAGGCCUCGGGCUUUUAAUGGUUUACGACUACCACAUACCAGAUGCCACUUUGAAGCUUGCUAUGAACUUGAAGACAAAGGAUUAUCGUCUCCUCUUUUCAAACGCAUCGAGAUCCAUAUGCCUGAGCAUUGAGACAGUGUCGUCAAAAUCAUUGCAGCAAACGGCCAAGGCAAGCGAGUUAUAUCCCUCCUUCGACAAUCCUUGUUGGGUUGCGGAAACCAACCUGGAUGGGGUACGUAUAUAUCAACAACGCCGCAGGGCAAGUUUGAUAUGUGCGGAUGCACAUACCCAACAACUGCUCGCGUUGAUGCUCCAGUCGGUGGUGAGGGGUGAGUCUGCUUAA